GACAAAGAGAAGCAAGUCGUCUUCUGGCAGUACUAGAGCAGCCCCAGCCCAAGCGACCAGCAGCCAUGCGUAUUCACACGUGCUACUUCUGCUCCAGCCCUGUUUACCCAGGCCACGGCAUCACUUUUGUGCGCAAUGAUAGCAAGAUAUUCCGUUUUUGUCGCUCCAAGUGCCACAAGAACUUCAACCGCAAGCGCAACCCGCGCAAGGUGAAAUGGACCAAGGCUUUCCGGAAGGCUGCUGGCAAGGAAAUGGCCCUGGACACGACGUUUGACUUCGACAAACAGCGCCACCGCGCUGUAAAGUAUGAUCGCGAGCUCAUGGGCGCUACCAUCCAUGCUAUCGAACGCGUUACGCAGAUCAAGGAAAAGCGCGAGGCUGCCUUUUACAAAAACCGUAUGAAGGACAGCAAGGCCAAGGCCAAGGCGCGCGACCUGCGCGAGCUGGAACAGAAUAUCACGCUCAUCGAGCCGGCCGCGGCAGCGCUGAAGGACCAGGCACUGCUCAAUGUGUCGGUCUCCAAGCAGAAGGAUGCUGCGGCGGCGGAAGCACCAUCCUCGAUGGUCUUAGAUCAGUAGAGUUAAGCCUCAAGUGGGUCAUGAUUUUUGCCAGUGCAUAUAGCUUCAUUUUCCAAUGCCGACAACUUUUUUUGCGUCGAUGGCGUUGUCCACUGCU